UGCACCUCUCUCUCUCUCUCUCUCCUCAAAAAAUCUUCUCUCAUUAUUUGCCAAACCAAACGCCUCUCUUCGACUCUCACAAAUAAAGAAAAAAGAAGAAUGAGUUACUACAACCAGCAGCAACCUCCUGUCGGCGUUCCUCCGCCGCAAGGUUAUCCACCGGAGGGAUAUUCCAAGGACGCUUAUCCGCCGCCGGGAUAUCCCCCGCAGGGAUAUCCUCCCCAAGGUUAUCCCCAGCAGGGAUAUCCGCCGCCCUACGCUCCUCAGUACGCCCAGCCUCCGCCUCAGCGGCAACAGAACACCGGAUUAUUGGAAGGCUGUUUGGCGGCUCUGUGCUGUUGCUGUCUGUUGGACGCAUGCUUUUGAUUGGCAAAUGUGCAUCAUUCUGAUAUGAAGUCUGUUUGAUCGGACAGACGUACGUACACAAAUUCUAUUGGAAUUUCUUGUCAUAAGACGAUGUCCCAUCUGUUACUUGUUUUAUUUUCGUCUUUUUUUCCCCCUAGUAUAUUGACUGUUUUAAGAACCUUUGCUUGCAAUCAGACCUAUAUUUUUCUCUGUGACGAAGAA